AUGGCUGACCCCGGCAGCGACGGAGAGGUGGCGGAGGGCGCGCGCGGCUUCGCCCGUCAGGGCGCCUUACGCCAGAAGAACGUCCACGAGGUGAAGAACCACAAGUUCAUCGCACGCUUCUUCAAGCAGCCCACAUUCUGCAGCCACUGCACCGACUUCAUCUGGGGCUUCGGCAAGCAGGGAUUCCAAUGCCAAGUGUGUUGUUUUGUGGUCCACAAGCGCUGUCAUGAAUUUGUCACCUUUUCCUGUCCGGGUGCCGACAAGGGGCCCGCCUCCGACCAGGACCCUCGUAGUAAACACAAGUUUAAGGUGCACACGUACUCCAGUCCGACCUUCUGCGACCACUGCGGCUCGCUCCUCUACGGCCUGAUACACCAGGGCAUGAAAUGUGACCACUGCAUGAUGAACAUCCACAAGCGCUGUGUGGCCAACGUGCCGAGCCUUUGCGGGACGGAUCACACCGAGAGGAGAGGGCGUAUCCAGAUCUCGGCCCGGAUCACAGACGACACUCUGACCGUCACCAUCAAAGAGGCCAGGAACUUGGUCCCGAUGGAUCCUAACGGCCUGUCGGACCCUUACGUGAAGCUCAAGCUGAUCCCUGACCCCAAGAGUGAGAGCAAGCAGAAGACCAAGACCAUGAAAUGUUGCCUAAACCCUACCUGGAACGAGACCUUCACUUUUAACCUGAAAGAAAGCGACAAGGACCGCCGCCUGUCCGUGGAGAUCUGGGAUUGGGACCUGACCAGCAGGAACGAUUUCAUGGGUUCUCUGUCCUUCGGGAUCUCGGAGCUGCAGAAACAAGGCAUAGACGGGUGGUUUAAGCUUCUGUCCCAGGAGGAAGGAGAGUAUUUCAACGUCCCCGUCCAGCCUGACGGUGAAGAUGGCAACGAGGAGCUUCGACAAAAGUUUGAAAGGGCAAAAGUCGGUCCGGGGAAAACGUCAGACUCUUCCUCCUCCUCGUCCGUCAGCAAGUAUGACAGCAACGGCAACCAGGACCGUAUCAAGCUCUCAGACUUCAACUUCAUCAUGGUUCUGGGAAAGGGCAGUUUUGGCAAGGUGAUGCUGGCCGAGAGGAAAGGUACCGACGAGUUGUACGCCGUGAAAAUCCUGAAGAAAGACGUGGUGAUCCAGGACGACGACGUGGAGUGCACCAUGGUUGAGAAGCGGGUCCUCGCUCUUUCCGGAAAGCCGCCUUUCCUCACACAAUUGCAUUCCUGUUUCCAGACUAUGGACCGAUUGUAUUUUGUGAUGGAGUAUAUUAACGGAGGGGACUUAAUGUACCAGAUCCAACAGGUCGGGAAGUUUAAGGAACCUCAUGCAGUGUUCUAUGCAGCCGAGAUCGCCUCCGGCCUCUUCUUCCUCCACUCCAAAGGAAUUGUGUAUCGGGAUCUGAAGCUGGACAACGUGAUGCUCGACUCCGAAGGCCACAUCAAAAUCGCCGACUUCGGCAUGUGCAAAGAGAAUAUGUCCGACGGUGUUACAACUAAGACGUUUUGCGGGACACCCGACUAUAUCGCCCCUGAGAUCAUAGCCUACCAGCCUUAUGGAAAGUCUGUAGAUUGGUGGGCCUUUGGCGUGCUGCUUUAUGAAAUGCUCGCGGGGCAGCCGCCUUUUGACGGGGAGGAUGAAGAUGAGUUGUUCCAGUCCAUCAUGGAGCAUCACGUGUCCUACCCGAAAUCCAUGUCCAAAGAAGCUGUCGCCAUCUGCAAGGGGCUGAUGACCAAGCACCCGGGUAAGCGUCUGGGCUGCGGUCCCGAAGGCGAGAGGGACAUUAAGGAGCACGCCUUCUUCCGUUAUAUCGACUGGGAAAAACUGGAGAACAAAGAGGUCCAACCGCCUUUCAAGCCAAAAUCUAAAUCCCGCUGCGACGUGGGCAACUUUGACAAGGAGUUCACGAAGAUGGCCGUUGAACUGACUCCGACGGACAAACUCUUCAUCAUGAAUCUGGACCAGAACGAAUUUCAAGGCUUCUCCUACACCAACCCCGAGUUUGUUAUACAAGUGUAAAAGGGGGGGGGGGGGGGGGGGAUGAAAAAUGCCAAAACCUGAACAGACCUGCAGUGUCUUUCCAUCAUCUUGUCACAUUGCAUCCAGUCGUAAAGCGGACUACACACCCACAAAUGCACGAUGUGAGACUGCACAAGUGAGGGCUGCUAACAGCGGGACUGAUCUUCGAUUCUCUUACACGGUAGCCAAAAAAAAAAAAAAAAAGUCUCUAAUAGUGUGCAGACCUCCGCCAAGGCUCAACUGUUGACAAAAGUGAAGGAAGAAAAAACAUAUUUUCUAUGGCUUCUGAUUUCAGAGCUAAUAAUACAUUAAUUUGUGUAUAGAGCAUAAUUCAUUGACAAAAUCUAACACCCCUGCUCUAGUACAUCAGGUUUUCAUAAUAACAAAAAUAUAAUAAUAAAGUUCAUUAUAUUUCAGCAACAGAUGGAAUUUUGUUUCUAAAAUGUCAUAGCUCCAAAUAACGCAUGGUAAAAUCUGUAUUGCGCAAGCUUUUAUAGGUCAAACUUAAAAACAUGAAAAUAUCUCCAAAACCUGAUAUGCUAAAAAAAAUAAUAAAGUACACGUCAAAAAUGCAUGUCGGAACACAUAAAGCCAACUCCGAUUAAAAUUUGCUGUCGACCAGUAUUUGGAUCGACUUGGGCCAAUGUUUUGGAUUCUUCAUUUAACUCAUAAAACAACUUUUUAUGUUGUUUCAUCAAAAAUACGUUUUGUGCAAAUCAGUCAUAAGGAUUUUGCGUCAUCCUGAAAAACCAUUAUCAUGGCAAUCAAAACAAAAGAGGUCACUUUUGUGCUUGGCGGAGGUCAACAAUAGUUAAAAUUGUGUUUCCAGGAACUCAGUGUCAGCAUGUCAAUGCGGAGCGCAGCAACGAACAAUGUCGCAGCGUGUGUAUUGAUCCACAGGCAGCAGGCAUGUUUGUUGUUUAUUUCCUUCUCAUCUGUCAUGAACAUUCCAUGAUCAAUACGUCAUGUAUGUUAUGUGCUCACACACACACACAUAUGCAAGCAUGCACGUGUCUGAGCAGGGUGUAGUAGCGGAUGGGAUGGUCCGGAUUUUGUCCCGAGCUAGCACGUUUUGUCUUCCAAACGAGUCCGUUUUUUGCAAUGACACGAGGAAGCCUGCGCUCUUCCUCAGGCUGUACCAAUUAAAUUCCGUUCAUGCAAUAAUUAGCAAUUAAAGUGAACAAUUACUUUAUCGUUAAACCUGGAGUUAUUAAAACCAAAUUUGUAAUCACUCUUUGGGCAAAAGUAUUGGGACUCAGUUUUGGUGAUCUUUGCCAAGAGAUUUUAUCAAGCGUAAUUGAACCCUUUGAAGGUUUUGGGGUAUUUUCCCCCCCGGUGAGGCAAAGUGGGCUACGGGUGAGAGCAGAGGUGAUGGCUCAAAUUCAUGCAAAAAUGGCUCGCAAAUGCAAAAGCAACUCUUCCCCAAAAAGGAUAUUGAAGGAACACCAUCUCUUGUCUCCUUUCUGGUGCCAUAUAGUGCUAUAUGUACUGUCUUUGUGGUGCAGCUCCUCCUAUGCAUGCCAUAACUGUAUUUGUUGCCUUUUUUAUUUUUAUUUUUUUUUAAUUCUUAAACACAAAUGACUAGAGCUCACAAGAUUGCGUGCAAUGAACAUUUAAUAGUUGUACUUGUUCUUAUUCUGUAUAUGUUUCAGUGUAUGUGUAAAUAGGAAGGGACUCCAAAUAGUUUUGAUGAGUUUCAUCAUAUCACGCUUUUUAUUGAUUCAUUUUUAUUUAUUUUUUUAAAUUAGAGCUCCAAGUGAUGCUUUCUGAGCAUUUUUUUUUUUUUUGGGACAUGUUCAAAGUGUGAAGGUCACUGAAAGGAUUUGGAGGUGCAAUGGGUCGUUCGUCACCGCUUGCAGCCCUAAUUGAUUUUUUUAGGUCGGUUCUGAGUUCAACACUUCCGUUUGUGACCGUUUUGAGCAGGGGAAGAAGAAAAAAAAAAAGAGGGGAACAUGGAUGUCUACUAUGCAAAAGGCAAGCAAAAGAAGAGGAAGAAGAGGAAGACUUUUGUAUAAAUCAACCUGUGUAACAAUUACUACUCUCAUGUUGCAUGCGCCGUCAUUACCUGCGCGUGAGGCAUCAACAUUAAAGUAUGAAUAGUU